GCCUAGUGAUUGGCUAUGGCUUCCGCGGACCUUCAAUGACUGACUCUUCUAAUUGGACGAUAUUGAAGUUACCGGAAGUGAACAGCAGGUUUCGGCAAAAUAACCACUAUGGCGGAGGUCAGAAUGGUAAUGGGGAGAAAGGUGUAUAAAAUUCUAAAAUCAGGCAGUUCACAUUCUCUCCCCGAUUCGAUUUGCAUGGUCGGACAAAGUAGGACUUUGGGCACAGUGUCGAAUGCUCUAACACUGCGGGAAAUCGAGGAGGUAACCCCAACAGCUCGGAUAUUCAACAAGGAGGCACCGUGGCCCACUACCACCACAUCACAAGAGCACGGCUCCGAUGUCGAAGUGGAUAUCCUCAGGGAUAGCAACAGUGGAUUUGUGUUUUGGAAGCGGUCGGGGAUAUGUGUAUCAGAGGAUAAAGGAAAGUGCUUAAGCUGCAGAGGCAAACUAUUGCCUUACGAUCCAUCUGUGAAGAGAAAUACUCGUGGAUGCAAUGGAGUGACCAUUUGGUGGAAUCCUGGAACCAUACAUCAGAAAAUACACAUCUUCCGAAGCAGGCGGGAUCUGACGAGGGCCUUCUGUACGCUUAGAAAUGGUGCAGGCAAAAUUGGGGUCAUCAGUCCACCGUUGGUGUUGAGAAGAUGCUUCAGCAACACUGGCUAUGACGAUGGGCCCCUGUUCCAAAACAAAGCGGCCUAUUACGAAAUCCUCGACGUACCAAAAUCAGCAACACAAGCUCAGGUAAAGACGGCCUACUACAAGCAGUCCUUCAUCUACCAUCCAGAUAAAAAUGCAGGAAGCGAACACGCCAGUCGUAAAUUUGCACAGAUUAGCGAGGCGUAUAACGUCCUGGGGAAUAAACAUCUACGGAGGAGAUAUGACCGCGGUAUCCUGACACAGUCGGAUCUGCAGGGUGCGAGCCGCCCUUCAUCCAGGGAGUCGGCGACAAGUGGUCCUGUUCAGCAGAAACGGCCCCAGAGUGCCGUCGGAGGCGUCGAUAGCAAAAAGAUUUAUGACUUUGACCAGUUCAUCAAGUCACACUAUAGCGAGCAACUCCAGCGAGAGAGAGAGUUCCGGGCACGCAAGGAGGAGUAUGUGAAGAAUAAAGAAGCGGGUGUUCAGGGGAGGGAGCUUGGCAAGCGGGCAGAAGUGUACGUGGGGAUGCUUGUAGCGUUGGCAAUGGCUCUCUUCCUCAGUGUCAGCUCUCCGAAAUAGCAUUGUUCCUGAACUCAAGGCCUGUAUCAUUGUAGUCCUGUUUCACCUGAUAUCGGACACGUUUGGUUUACCUCGAGGGACACAGUGAUGACGCAGAGAGAUGAGCCCAUGUAGGCCUUCUCCUUUCUGCCUGUAUCUUCUGUAAAUUGUGAAUUAUUUAUUUCUAAAAACGAGCUUCUGAAGUCAUAAAGGCAUUUGACAGAAGAUGCCUGUACCAUCGCAUCAUUGUCAUUUGACUGUGUUCAAUAACUAUUUUAUUUCAAUGGCUUAUGCUGUAAAGGGAACGGCAGCAGUAUUUUUCUGGGCAGCUGUGAUGUGAAACUGCAUACAAAAGGGUGGAGUGCAGGAGUGAUGUUUUGGCCUCUGGUCCCUUCCGUCUUGAGCUGUGAUCUGGGCUGCGUUUCCCAAAAAUCUUAAGUAGUACAAGUGCCUCGUACUCAUACAUCAGAAAUAGGUCUCACAUCAUUACUAAAAGUUAAUACAUCAAAUAUUUUACCUCGCACAUGCACAUUGUGCAGGCAUUUUAAUUGUAUGUGUGAGAGAGAAAAAAACAUUUUAUGUAGGCCUAUUCAAUUAUUGUAUGCAUAAACUUCUAGUGAUGUGAUAAAUUGCCGGGGGGGGGGGGGGUCAUACUUAAGUACUUCUUAGGCUUAAGUACUAUUUAAGAGUUUUUGGAGAACGCAGCCCUGGUCAAUAGGGAAUCGUCGAAAAGCACGCACACACACUUAAACUACUUUAUGAUAAAGUCAAAAUGUGCCUUAGCUCCUACAGUAGCCUAACAGGAGUAAACAAUUAACAACUCAAUAAUAACGAUCCAAUAAAUAUGCUUAGGGUGAUAACACGGUAAUGCGCCCUGUUAUUACUUUACAGACCUACUGUAUAAUAAGAAUAGGAUAGACAUUAACACACUGGUAGAUUUCUCACUGUAAAAUGCCUGGUUCUACCCCACUCAAUACUCUGUUCACUUGGUCUGUUCUUUAGUAUUGUGCAAUAAGUUACCUCAUGCAAGCAUUUGUAUAUGAUGACUUGACCCCAAAGCCAAUGCUUGCUGUAUUUUACAGUAACUUAACUUGUCAGAAGUAAGAAUUAUUGAGUAUCUGGUGGAAUGUUAUCCUCAAGUUGGGAUUGGUAAUGUUAGUGCCAUGAGAGAAAAAUGUCAACCUUGUGACUCGUCUCUGUAAUAUAAAGAUCACCCAAAGCAAAUUAUUAUUAUUAUUACUUUGGUUUUCCCACACAAAGGGAAACACACCAUGGCGAAUAAUAAAAGCAUUGGUUGACCAUGAGCAUUUA